GAAAAGUAACGUCACUGCACAGAAAGAAAGCCAGAUAGAGAGAGAGACAGAGAGAGAACAAGAGGGGCAGGAGCAAAGGGAAGGAAAGAAGAGAAAAAGUUGCAAACAUUUCGGCUGCAGUGCCGCGAGUUCCACAUUCAACUUUCCUUUGUCCUCCUCUCUUUCCAAAGUAAGGGGGAAAAAAACCGGGGCCCUUUGGCUGCGUGUGUGAGAGAGGAGGUGGGACUAGGAUCGACGGCAGACGGGAGCAGGAGGCGAAGGAGCGUGAAGAGCGAAGCGCAGGAGGACGGGGAGGAAGGAGAUUGCGAAGCCGUUCCGCGGGCGGGGGGGGCUCGUGCUGGUGGAUGGUGCCGCACCUGGUGUCAAACUGCAGAAAAUGACUGCCCUCUGCUCUCGAGUUUCCGCAGGUUCUGUCAGUCAACGAAAGGUAAAGGAGGCAUGUUCUAAAGAUGCCAGCUGCUAACACCAUGACUGGUGAGCGGGCACUGCUGUUCUGCACGAGUGCUGACAACUGCAUCUACCAGUCAGUCAACGGUCUCAAGUGCUGCGGGUGGAAUAUUGGUGAGGCUCCAUCUACCACCGCACAGUGGCCAGAUCUGCACAAGGAAGAGGAGACCAAGUACCCCCUCACCCCCCUGGACAAUCUGAGUGACGGGCCAGGGUGUGUUGCCAUGCUCGCCCACAAGAGAACAACCACUGCUGAACCCCGGGCCAACGAGAAUGGGAUGGCGGAUGGCGUCAGGAUCUCCAAGACCCCAGGAGGACUGAGGAGCAAUGCCAGCAUUCGAGACAAGAUUUCCCAGUGGGAGGGCAAGAAGGAGUCCACACCCUCACCCCCGUCACCCUGUCCGCUCACCACUGCGAAGGAACUGGAAACCACAAAGAAGAAGGACGCCAAACCCACAGAGGUCCAAAAGGGGGAGAGCAAACGAUUUGUUAGCUGGGAGAGGCAGGACUCCGGGAAGGAGAAUGCAGGAAAGCUGGCAGAUCUGAGGCCCAAAUCCCCAGAGGGUCUUGCAAAGGACAGUGGGGGGAUCCUGGAGAAAAAGUACUGGGGGAAGCCAGCUGAGAGCAUCCAGGAGAAGAGGUCCGUUUUGACACACAUAAUGAAGUUGGAGCAGGCCAUGAAAGAAGGGCCUAACAAGCCCUCCCUGAUGCUACCUGGGAACUAUUUCUGUCCCCCUGCUAAGGACGAGCAGGAGGAGGCUGACAAGAAGUUAGCCGAACCCAUCUUUGGGACCCUGGACGUGGUGCGGACUGUGGGCCUCCGGUGGGGGCGAGACCCAGAGAACGUAUACACCGAGCCAGGCGCGCCCUCCAUCAACCCCGUCCCUAAGCCACAGCGCACUUUCCAACACCAUAAUGCUGCCCCUGGCUCUGGAAAAGGAAAGAGGAAUCUCCCGCCUCUACCCUCCAUCCCCCCUCCACCUCUGCCCACCUGUCCCCCACCUGCAGUUAAUAGAAGGCCCUGGUCCGACCGACCGAGGGACAGCAGCAACAGGAAGUCGUAUGAGUUCGAAGACCUGCUGCAGUUGUCCACGGAGGGCUCUCGGGUGGACUGGUACGCUCAAGCCCGCCUCUCGCUCACGCGCACUUUAUCUGAGGAAAACAUCUACGAGGACAUCCUAGACCCCCCAUCAAAGGAGAAUCCAUAUGAAGAUAUAGAGCUGGAAAGCCGUUGCCUUGGGAACAAGUGCCCCCUGCCUGGAUCACCGUUGUCUUCUGCCCCUGACACGCCCACCAAGGUGACCUCCAAACCUGGCUUCUUCCGGCAAAACUCAGAACGCUGCAGCUUCAAGCUGCCAGACCUGCGCAAGACCAACCGCGAAGGGGGCGUUGCCUCGCCCUCCCGGAUCAGUCCCCCAUCCACGCCCAGCAGCCCUGAUGACACUCCUUGCCUCUCGGGAGACCCCUACAACCGCCGGCGGAGGAAAAUCCCAAAAGUGGUGACGAAGAUCAACAGCAUGUUUGAGGCGAGGCGGGGGAAGAGGCGCAUGAAGAGGGUCUCCCAGUCCACUGAGUCCAGCUCGGGGAGAGUAACAGAUGAAAACAGUGAGUCCGAGAGCGACACGGAGGAGAAACUCAAAGCUCACAGCCAGCGCCUGGUGUCGGUCCAGUCUAUGCUGAAGCAGGCGGGUCGGUACCGCACCCUAGAGCGGGACCUCAUGGAUUUGACAGAGAGGAAACUCUUUGAGUACUUCCUGGUGGUGGCGCUGCACAAGUCCAAGGCAGGGAUGCCUUACUUGCCUGAAGUCACCCAGCAGUUUCCCCUCAAGCUGGAGAGGAGUUUCAAGUUCAUGCGGGAGGCAGAGGAUCAGUUGAAAGUCAUUCCUCAGUUCUGCUUCCCUGAUGCCAAGGAUUGGGAGCCUGUCGACAGCUUUGCAAGCGAGACGUUCUCCUUCGUGUUGACUGGCGAAGAUGGAAGCAGGAGGUUCGGAUACUGCCGCCGCUUAUUGCCCAGCGGUAAGGGCCGCCGGCUGCCCGAGGUGUACUGCAUCGUGAGCCGCCUGGGCUGUUUCGACCUCUUCUCCAAGAUCCUGGAUGAGGUGGAGAAGCGGCGCGCUCUCUCCCCCGCCUUGGUGCAGCCCUUCAUGCGGGGAGUCCUUGAGGCUCCUUUCCCAGCUCCCGGCAGAACCAUCACGGUCAAGAACUUCCUGCCCGGCUCAGGCACCGAGGUCAUCGAGCUGUGCCGGCCGUCCGACUCCCGCCUGGAGCACGUGGACUUCGAGUGCCUCUUCUCGUCGCUCACCCUCCGUCUCUUGCUGCGGGUGUUUGCCUCUCUGCUUCUGGAGCGCAGGGUCAUCUUCACCGCCGACAAGCUCAGCACCCUGUCCAAGUGCUGCCAUGCCGUGGUGGCCCUGCUCUAUCCCUUUGCCUGGCAGCACACCUACAUCCCCGUUCUGCCGCCCUCCAUGAUGGACAUCGUUUGCACCCCGACACCCUUCAUCGUAGGUCUCCUCUCCAGCUCGCUGCCUCGACUCAAAGAGCUGCCCAUCGAGGAGGUCCUGGUGGUUGACCUUGGCAACAGCCGCUUCCUCAGACAGCUGGACGACGAAGACUCCAUCCUGCCCCACAAGCUGCAGGCGGCGCUGGAGCACGUCCUAGAGAGGAGGAAGGAGCUGGCCUGCGACAGGGCUGAGCUGCUAGGGGACUCCUGCUCGCUCAGCACCGUCGUCUCGGAAGCGUUUGUGCGCUUUUUCGUGGAAAUUGUGGGCCACUACCCACUCUUCAUGGGCGCUGCCGAGCGGGGGGACGACGACUCGUCCGCCUCCUCCUGCUCGUCCCCCGCACCGUGCUCCUUUCAACGGGACGCCUUCCGCAAGGCCAUCGUCUCCAAGAGCCUGCGGCGCUUCCUCGAGCUCUUCAUGGAGACGCAGAUGUUUGCCGGCUUCCUCCAGGAGAGGGAGCUGCGCAGACAGGGCCUGAGAGGUCUGUUCGAAGUGAGGGCCCAGGAUUACUUGGAUUCUCUACCAGGCAGUGAACACCGUGGGGUCAACAAGUUUCUCAAAGGCCUAGGGAAUAAAAUGAAAUUCCUGUCUAAGAAAUGAUUAAGGAGCUCAUUGACUGGACACAUAUUCAGCAUAUAGCAGAAAACCACACAAUCCUGUGGGCCAGAUCUAUGAAAACCACCAAGGGCUGAAGAGGAUGGAGGCACACCUGCAGCGGGGGUGUACAGAUGACCGGUGGGGGAAAGCACGUGACCGUCCCAAAGAGAAAGGUGAUGUUGGACUUGCGGGGCUGACCUGUUGCCGCUUUCCAUUUAGUCCCUGCCUCCUUUGUAAAUCGAAGCCAAGAUCCUCACAAAGUGCCUGGUUUUGAGGCCCCCAAAGCAGUUGUCCCACAACAAAUCUGCAGCACAUUCCCUCAGAAACAGACCAGCACUCCGGGAACACCUUCUCCAACUUUGUGCAGAUACUGAUGUCUUAGGAUGGAGCGGAUGGCAGCCUUCUUACAAAGGAUAGGCUAGAGAGAGGAUGACCAGAGAGCUUUCUGUGAAGAAGAGUUUAUAUUCAUUAAUGUUUAUUGUUAUUUUCAUUCUGUGUGUUUUUUUUUAUUUUAUUUUAAGACAGUACAACUUCUUUUAAAUCAGGAGGCUUUGAUUUAAUUUAUAGAAUUUUUUUUUUUUUUUAGAAAAAACCUCUCAAAACAGAACUAAAGCAAAAGAAAAAAAAAAUCAAUUUGUUGUAAACUUAUUUAUGGGUGAUACUGCCAACCUAGGGCUAUCGGCCACUUUUUAUGGAAAAUGGAGUGCACCACUUAGACCAGAGGUAAUACUGUAGUAGGGAGAAUGGAAGCACAAGGAUAUGAGCAGGAUUAUGCUUGAUGAAAAACGGUGUGAAUCUGACUGAUGUCAGGUUUAUAAAUACGGAAUAAUGACAUUGGAUCCAAAGAAAGUGGCAUCGUGCCUGAUUUACAAGAUGGUAGAUUUCAUAUUGUAAAAAGAGCUUCAGUGUGAUUGGCUGCUGUAGUUUCAAAAUGCCA